AUGGUUCAGGUAAAACCUGAAGUGAAGUCGUCGGAAUUUGGCAUCGAGAGUAAACAACUUUACAGAUUUCCAGAAAGGACUUUCAGGGCGAUUUUGGUGCACGUCAGAGCUGAUUAUAUGCAAAUGGGUUCUUGUAGUGGCAACUCUUCAGGCUCUCCACAGAUUCAGAACUCAGGUUCUGAAGAAGAUUUGAUGGAUCAAAGAAAAAGGAAAAGAAUGCAAUCAAAUCGCGAAUCGGCGAGACGAUCUCGAAUGAGAAAACAGAAGCAUUUGGAUGAAUUAGCGGCCAAAUCGGCUCAAAUUCAAAAGGAAAACAGCCAAAUUCUCACAAGCAUUAACAUCACCACACAAAAUUACAUGAAUAUUGAGGCUGAAAAUUCUGUCAUAAGGGCUCGGAUUAUGGAACUUAGCCAAAGAUUACAGUCCCUAAAUGAAAUCAUCACCACCGCCGUGGGAGGAGGAGGAGGAGGAGGAGGCGCCCCCGGCAACUGGGCUGAGGAGAGUUUCUUGAAUAGUCCAUGGAACUUAAUGUACUUCAGCCAACAGCCCAUCGUGGCAUCAUCUCCUGAUGCAUUUAAUUAUUGA